CGGGCCCGUUCUUAGUCUUGGCCGCAAGAGUUUCAUAGUGAUGGGGGGAGGGCAAGAGACACCUUUGUAACUGCUCUGAGGUCGGCUGCCAAAGAGACGCAGUAGUCCCACUCCCUUUUGGGGGCCGGGAGGGGGUGGCUUUUGUCCGCCAUGUUGGUGAAGGUAGACGAAGGAGAUCGGAGGUCCAGGACUGUCUGCUCUGCUGGCUGAAGUCCGCCAUAUUAAUAAAGAGACAGAAGGUUGACACCACCACCCCCCCAAAUACACACAACCCGUCUUUCCCACCCCGUUCCCACGACUCCUGUCGGUGGGCCCUUCCCCUAGCCUCGCUUGCCUAGCCUUUGCGCGAAGGAAGCGUAGCAGCCAGCGCCUCAGAACAGGCUUAAGACAGCGCCGAAUGAGGGGGAAAGGGAAAUGCCGACCAAUUGCGCCGCGGCGGGCUGUGCCACUACCUACAACAAGCACAUUAACAUCAGCUUCCACAGGUUUCCUUUGGAUCCUAAAAGAAGAAAAGAAUGGGUUCGCCUACUUAGGCGCAAAAAUUUUGUGCCAGGAAAACACACUUUUCUUUGCUCAAAGCACUUUGAAGCCUCCUGUUUUGACUUAACAGGACAAACUCGACGACUUAAAAUGGAUGCUGUUCCAACCAUUUUUGAUUUUUGUAACCAUUUAAAGUCUAUGAAACUCAAGUCAAGGAAUCUUUUGAAGAAAAACAACACUUGUACUCCAACAGGACCAUCUAAUUUAAAAUCAAACAUUAGUAGUCAGCAAGUACUGCUCGAACACAGUUAUGCUUUUAGGAAUCCUAUGGAGGCCAAAAAGAGGAUAAUAAAACUGGAAAAAGAAAUAGCAAGCUUAAGAAAGAAAAUGAAAACUUGCUUACAAAAAGAACGCAGAGCAACACGGAGAUGGAUCAAAGCCACGUGCUUGGUGAAGAAUCUGGAAGCAAAUAACAUAUUACCUAAGGGUACAUCAGAACACAUUUUACCAACUGCCUUAAGCAGUCUUCCUUUGGAAGAUUUCAAGAUUCUUGAACAAGAGCAACAAGAUAAAACAUUAUCAAUUCUCUAAAACAGGCUAAGAAUACCUUCAUUUAAGAUUAGCCUACAUAAAACUUGAUGCCCAUCCUUCAUUCUCUUCAAAGGUAAAGAUAUUUAAGGAAAUUAUGCCAAAAUUGGGUAUUUAAUAAAGUUUUACUUGAACUAACAUUAUUACUGUAUAAUUCCUGAAGAUUUGAUUACAAAAAAAAUGGAAACUUUUUAUGAAAAUUUUAUUUGAAAAAGAAUGAAAGUGCCUUACAUGAGAAUUAUGUACUUAAAAAUUUUGCUAGGGAAUUGUAUGUUUGCAAGAUGUUUUGUGUUUUUGUCUUUUAAGGCUACUUUUAAAGAACUAUCUAUGACAAUGUGUUUAAUUUAUAUUAGAAAAACAGGGUUUUUUUCCUGUAACAAUGUUAGGAUAUUACAUUCUAAAUAGGAUGCUAAGUGGGAGUUAACCAACAUUAAAUAUGACUUUAAAACUGCUGGGUUUUGUAUUAAUUAUUAUUGGCACUGUGAUCUGGAAAUUUUAUAGGAAAAAAAGAUAUACAAGGCAAGUUCUUUUAUUUAAACUUUCUGUAUCUGCUUACCAAUAAAAGUGUGCUAAUCAUGGCCUCCCUCAUAAAAAUAUUAGCUUUUAAAAUAGAUUGUAAAAUAUUUCAAAAAUAAUAUUUUCAAUAUGAAGUACUCUGGAGUCAUCCAAGCAAGGUUAAGACCUCAAGUACCUCAGACUAGUAAAAACUGGUAGCUGAUUAUAUGUUGUGAAAUAAUCCAGAUGUUGUGAUCUAGCUUUUACCUUAGUUAAACAAAAAGAUAAAUCUAUACUAUUUUUCUCAUAAUAAAAAUAUUACAUUUUUGAUUCCAAAAUGUAUGCAUUAGACAACAUGAUACAAAGUUCCAUAUUAGGAAUAUGUUCUCUACCCCCAUGUAUGUUGGUACUGAAACUCUUAAGCUUUUUUUUCUCCAUAACCCCACAAUAGGAUUUAAUAACAGAAGUACUUACUAUAUACCUUCACAACUUAUAACUUAAAAUGGAAUCAAUUUAUCGUAUAUAUCAGCUUGCUUUUAUCUUUUUUAGUGAGUCAAAUAGAGCAACUGUACUGCAUAAGGGAAGUGAAAUGUAUUUUCUGUAAAAAUACUGUGUCCAGGGG